CAUAGUGUUUCCUCUUCAAGCCAAGUGUGAGACGUGCGUUAAUUAAUUAAUAAAUACUGUAAAAUUAAAAGCAGGGAUUGGAUCCGAAAAGUUGGAUGAGGUCACGCCAGUAUUCCUUUAGUUUGAAUUUAAAUUCUCAGACUCACUCACACAACAAUAGGUAACAACCAAAUUGUUGUUAGAAUUCAGAAUUGGAUUUAGGAAAAAACAUUUACAAUGUCAGAAUCAGAAGAAUUACACUUACCCGACGAGUGCUGGGAAUUGGUAUUGAAAUUCCUGAAAUCCCAUCGUCACUUUGAGCCUCUCUCUCUUCUCUCUACCCAAUUCCUCUCCAUCACCAACCGCCUCCGAACCUCCCUCACCAUUUCCGACCCUACGCUCCCUCUUCUCCCGAACCUCUUCCUCAGGUUCCCCUUUCUCACCUCCCUCGACCUCACGCGCCUCCACCACUCCCACCUCCACGCGCUCUUCCUCCAUAUCUCACGCGCCACAUUACCCCUCCAAUCCCUCAACCUCUCCGGCCACCCCGCAAUUCCUUCAAAUGGGUUCCGAAUUUUGGCCAAAAAGGUUACAACUUUGAAGUCUCUCACCUGUUCCCACAUGGGUUCUCUCAGAAACUCGGAUCUCAUCCUCAUCGCCCAGUGUUUCCCUUUCCUCGAACAUCUCGACCUUAGUUUCCCCGAAGACACCGACAAUUCCACCUUCCCCGUCUCCGAUGUCGGCGUAAAGGCCCUCUCUUUGGCCCUCCCUAUGCUCCUCAGCGUUGACCUCUCCGGCAAUUUCUUCAUCAACGACGCUUCCAUUCUCAGCCUCUGCAAAAACUGCAACUUUCUCGAGCAAGUUACGAUCUUCGAGUGCCACUUCAUCACCCAGCGUGGCAUCGCUUCCGCCAUCAGGGAGAGACCCUGUUUGCGUUCUUUCCGCGUCAGCAACUUCGGUUGUGGAACCAAAAAAGGGGACUUUUUGAGACCCUCUGUGACUUCUGAUUUCAUUACGGCGCUGGUGAGUUUGAAGGGCUUGACUUGUCUCGAUUUGUCGUGUUCCUCUAUCUCCGAUGAGUUGCUAUGUUGUGUUGCGGAGGAAGGGAUUCCUCUGAAGAAGCUUGUUUUGCAAGGUUGCUGUAACUAUAGCUAUGUUGGAGUGCUUUGCUUGUUGUCCACGUGUCAGUCUUUGGAGCAUUUGGAUCUUCAAAACGCUGAGUUUCUGUGUGAUCAGCGUGUGGAAGAGUUGUGUGGGUAUCUUGGGAAUUUGGUGUCUGUAAAUGUUAGUGGUUGUAGGAUGUUAACUGAUUUAGCUUUGUUUGCACUAGUUAGGGGGUGUCCUUUGUUGAAUGAGAUCAGAAUGGGGGGAACUGAUGUUGGGAAGAGGAGGGUUGAUCAGGAUUUGAUGAAUGGUGUUGUGAAUUGUCAAGUGAAGUCUCUCUAUUUGGGAAACAAUUCCUUGUUGAGGGAUGAGAGUGUAGAAAUGUUUGCUUCUGUUUGCCCCAGUUUGGAGGUUCUUGAUUUGAGCUCUUGCUGUGGCAUAUCUGAAGGUGUUGUUGAGGUUCUAAGGAGGUGUUGUGAGGUUAGGCAUUUGAGUUUGGCCUUUUGUUCAGGAGUGGAGCUAGCUGGGUUGAACUUUGAAGUUCCAAAACUUGAGGAGUUGAACUUGUCACGCUCAGGGGUUGAUGAUGAAAUGCUUUCUGUGAUCUCAAAGUGUUGUCGGGGGCUGCUGCAUUUGGACUUGGAAAAUUGCUCUGGUGUCACGGCCAAUGGAGUGAGGCAAGUGGUGGGGAAGUGCACCCGAUUGAGAGAGAUUAAUUUGGGGUCUUGUGAUGAAGUGGGGGCUAAUGUUGUUGCUUGGAUGGUGUUUUCAAGGCCAUCCUUGAGAAGGAUAAUGGCUCCCCCGAGUUUUGAUCUCAGUGAUGGCCAGAAGGAACUCCUCUUGCGUCAUGGAUGCCUUGUUUGCUAGCAAGGUUUUAAAAAUUGGUCUGGUUUCGGCUGUAACGUUGGAACUUCUGAUGUAUUCGCAACCGCAUCUGCAAUUUAAAACCUUGUUUUAGUAUGAGGCUCUGCCCCCCCCCCCCCCCCCCCCCCCCUCCUCCAUUUGUUGUCUUAGACUAUUUGCUUAUAAGAUUGUCCAUGAUUAUGUAAUUGUGUACCUUGGUCGCAUUUUUUUUUUGUUUUGAUAAUGCUUGUAAGCAUCCCUUUAUUAUGAAGUGUGAAUAGCAUACGUUGUAAGCAGUUGGACUGGAGUGUUAUAUAAUAUAUACAGUUCCAAAUUGUAUUACUCUUCCUUGCUACGCCCUGAAUUACGUUACUUGGAUUGGAUUCUUC